UAUAUUUACACAGUAACUAUUUAUUGUGGUUUGCUAUAUUAACAUAAUUAUAGUGUGAAAUAUGCUGACAUUUAACAACAACAAAAACUUUCAAUAAAACAACGUCGAAGAUUGGGAACCACUAUUAAUUCCUUUGUGCUACACGGAGCUUUAACCGCGGUGGACUGGUUUCGUUUCUAACCAGUAGGUGGCAGACUUGAGUAUGGUCCAAUCCAGAAACCGCUCUAUUUAAGACACAGUGCGCUACGUAAGGUGUAAAAGCCAUUAUCUUGUGCCCUACUUAAUGCACCUACAUAGGGACAUCAGGGCUAUUAGGGAUUCAGCCGAAGAAUUACAGUUACGUUAGCAGAGUAGGGAUUCUUCGUACGGUUCGGAUGUUUAUAGAAAACCACGCUCUGUUCUCGCAGUUGUUUUUUUUUUAAUUAUUGUAUUCCGACGACAAAUUCUGUUGUAUUUAUGCAGCUAAAAGAAAGACUGUAAGAUUAUAUUGAUAACAUUCUCUUAUUGUAUACAGGUAAUGGGGAUAUUCCAUUGUUUUAGUCACUAGCUAAAAUUAGUUUUCUUGCUGUGAUGAUAGCUAAGGUUAGCUAGCACGUACCCAACAUGGUUUGUUUUAAUAGCACAGUUAGCUAAGAUUUAACUGUUUCCUUUGUAUUCUGACAGAUCAAUUCUGUUCGAAGUGAUUCUUCACAGGAAAGGAAACAUGUUUUUUAAAGGGCUUGACUAGGUUCAGAUCAUACAGUCUGAUGAUGUUUGUAGUCUGAGGGUCUGUAUACACCAGAAACGUUGCUGUGACUUCAUUUGCACCUCCUUAUUCAUCUAAGCUUGCCAUGGAGUUCCCAGGUCAUAGUCAGCAGCUCCUGGCCAGUCUGCGCUCUCAGCGUCUACAGGGAUUCCUGUGUGACUGCACAGUCAGAGUUGGUCCCACACGUUUUCUGGCUCACCGUGCUGUGCUGGCCUCCUGCUCACCUUUCUUCCACAUGUUCUACUCUGAACACCCAGUAGGCAGCACGUCUACAGUAAACGGAGGACCUGAGACAGACACCGUCACCAUUAAUGGAGAUAUAGUGACCCCUUCAGCAUUCGGGUUGCUCCUCGAUUUCAUGUACGAAGGAGUACUCCAGUUGGCAGCACACCCACCUCCGGAAGAUGUUCUCGCCGCAGCCAGUUUCUUGCACAUGAACGACGUGGUCCGAGUCUGUAAGAAAAGACUACAGGGUCGUGGACUGGCUGAGGCUGACAGCACCAGGGCAGAAGAGGGAGGAGGUGAAACUGGGGGAGAUGGACCAGUGUUUAGUGGGUCGUCUCGAGAAGGAAAGUUGAAUGGCCGAAGGGAAAUGGUGGACGGAGGACAAGGAGCUGUCAGGGUUUCAGCGUCAAAUCCAGCCUCGUCUCCCUCAAUAACACAGCGUCCUCAGCCAAGCCAGCAGUCAACGUUUCAUAUUAACACUAAAGCCGAGACAAACACUGGCAUACCUAAUUGCAACACACACAGCAUUAACCUGGGAAGUCCAGACAUGGCGGACACUACUCAGCCAGGCAUGGACUCUGUUCCAGCUUCCAAUGAUUCUGGACCAAGCUUGUACAGUUCCUCUCCUGGACCUGCUAGAGCUGGCAUUGCUGCUGCUGCUAAUAUGGAGGCUACACUUUCAAGUCCUUGCAGCACCACAGAACCAGUUCAAACAGAAACAGAAACUCCGCCCAGUACAUCCACUGUUAUGGUUCUAGUUCCUGUGGAACACAGCCGAAAUAGAGAGUCCAGUCAAGAAAUAUCCAUGUCAAAAGAAAUUAGCAAUGUUUUUAUGGUUGCCACUAAUCAUCCUGGUCAAACCAAGAAACCCAUGUCGAUACAGCACAACGGACCAAGUUUAAGUGAUGACGUGAGACAUACUGCCAGAGGUUUACAUGAACAGCCACGGUCGCAGUCAUGUUCUCCCAUGCCGUUGUCUUCAGCAGGCCGAGAAGAUGGUAGUGAAGAGACGGCAAACGUGAAGGUGGAGGCCAUAGUUAUCUCAGAUGAAGAGUCAGAAGACAUGGAAGAGACACCUGUUAGGGUCCGAGAGCGAAGGAGAGAUGUUGACUUAGAAGAAAGGGAGAAUUUUGAGAGCACUAAUGAUGUUGAGAUCACCAAUGCUCACUUCAUACCUCCACACACAUUAAUGCAACUUUCACAUAAUCACCAAGAGCCAAUCUCGUUCCCUUUUUCACCACAGGGUCCUAGUGCCUCCUCUUCGGACACGCCCAGCUUCCCGUCUACCCUUUUUACAGCAGCAUCGCAGCAAGCAGAGCAGCAGACUAUCUACUUUGAGGAAUAUCACGAAUCUCUUGGGAAUUAUGUAGAAGAUGUUCCUACAUGUUCCACUUGUGGAAAGACGUUUUCUUGUGCUUAUACACUGAGGAGGCACGCCAUAGUGCACACACGAGAGCGUCCUUAUGAAUGCCGUUACUGUUACCGGAGUUACACACAGUCUGGGGACUUGUACAGGCACAUAAGGAAGGCGCAUGAUCAUGAUUUGCCAAUGAAGCGCAGCAGAACAGAAUCUGACCCUCCCCCAUCCCCACCUCCUCCUCAAGCACCUCAGACAUAACAAGAUACAUGCUCAGUCAUACUGGACAGAGUGUCAAAGCUGUUGCAAAAGCUAAAAUCAUAUACAUGUUUUUUUUGUUUGUUUGUUUUUUAACAGGUUGUGUGGACCAACUUUGCAAAGGACUGUUAUUGUUCAUCUUUAGUAUCAGAAAGUGAGCAUUCAACAUUGAACUUAACCUGUCACUGGAUAACAUUGUGACCAAAAACAAAACAUCCCAUUCAGGACAUCCUUCAAUGUCCUUUAUAAAUCAUAAUCACUGUCUAGCUUCUCAGGUUAGAUACAAACAGAAUAAGCUUUUAAUUUUUUAAAAAUUCAGUCUCUUCUGAAAGUAUUGGAACUAUAUAUAUAUAUAUAUAUUUAGACUUCGAGAUCAAAAGAUGAAUGAGAUGAUUGAUCAGAAUUUUAACUUUCAUAUCCUCACAUUUACAUCUAGAUGUGUUAAACAACUUGGAAUAUGGCACCUUUUGUUUGAAGUCACCCAUUUUUCAAGUGAUCAAAAAUAUUGUAACAUAGGACUGACCAGUGUUUCUUGUUGCCCAGGUUUGCUCUGUUAGAUUUAUUGCUUAACCAAGUAAUAGCUCUGAAUCUCUACUCUUGGACUGAGCCCUAAGUUUCAUCUGUGAAGACUGCAUUUAUUCUCAAAAAGGAUAAAUCAACAUGAAGACCACAGAUCUGUCUAUGGGAGAAAAGCCAUGAAGCUGAGGAAAGAGGAAAAAUGCAACAAGGGAAUAGCAACAGUCAGUGACCUCACCCACAACCUCCACAGGGCAGGAGUGAACAUAUCACAAUUCACUGAAUAUGAUUUCAAGAACAGAAAUAUAGAGGCCAUACCACAAGAUGCAAACCACUCAUCAGCAGUAAUAAUCGGAAUGCCAGAUUGGAAUUCGCAAACAAAUAUAGAGAUGAGCACCAAUAAUUACCAAAGUGGUGGAAAGACCAGUGUGGAGAAAUAAAGGAUCUGCUUGUGAUCCAAAACAUACAAGCUCCUCUGUAAACAAGGUGGAGGUAGUGUCAUGGCUUGGGCUUACAUGACUGCUUCUGGAACAGGUUCAACUGGUGUAACUUAUGAUGGUAGCAGCAGAAUGAAUUCAGAAGUUUACAGGAACCUUUUGUCUGCCAAUUUUCAGAGAAAUCCAAUUUAAUUUGGAGGAACUUCAGUGUUCCUAUUAAUUACCUAGAGGGUGGCGCUACAGUUUCAUAAUGAACCAAAAACAUUUUUACACUUUUCAUAACAACAUAGAAGAUCAGUGUUUUGCACCGGUGCUCUCAUGCCAUCUCUGCCAUCCCGGUCAGUCACCCGAAUACUUAUUAUUUUUGUUAGCAGUGGGCAGGCCCAAGUUGCUUGACUGUAACCUCAGAUAUCAUUGACUAAUUUUUCCAGAAAUCCAUUUUCCAUUUUUCACCGUGACGACCUGUUAGCGAAGUUACCUGUUCUUUGUGAGAGAUAUGGCUUCAUUCACAGACACUCAUGAGUUAUUUAAUUAUCUAUUUUUAUUUGUUAUUAGUUUUUGAUACCCUUGCAACAUACAUUAUGUAUAUUACAGCAAUUAAUUAUAGUUUGAGCACAAACUGAGUUUGAGCAUCUGAUUAAAAGUGAAUAAUAAAGAAACACAAUCAACAAAUCAUAUUUACAAGACAGCAAUAUGACUUGAACUAAAUCUUUCACUAAAACGAGUGUUUCAUCCCCUUGUAGCAACGUUGGAGUCAGUGGCUUUAAGUUCAGUAAAGUCACAAUCCUCUGUUACUAAGCCAAUGAUUUAUUAUCUGGGGCUCACAAUUAACUAUGAAGAAUCUUACUCUUUGAAUUAUUUAUGAUAUGAUAACAGCUGGAUCGAUCGCUAUCUAUUAAAGUCCCAAUGAUGCAAAGGCCAGCUAGUAAACUCGUAGAACACUUCCUGUCUAUUAACAACUGUUAAAGAUACCCUGUAUUUACAUAUAUCAUAUUACAUAAUGUAGUAUGUUGCAAUUGAAAACUAUCAACAAAUGAAAAAAAUGAAUGACACAUGCAGUGUGUCCAAAUGAGAGCAUCAGUAACGCGCUUGGAUACUUGCCAUGGAUUUGCCACCAUAAGUACACCCCCUGACCCCCUAAGGAGUCAGAUGUCUAGCCACCACAGUCUCGCAAAAUCCAGUGGGAAACACUGAACUUCACCAUGCAGCGAGACAAUGACCCAAAACCCUGCCAACUCAACAAAGGACUUCAUCAUGGCAAAACAGUGGAAGGUUUUAGAUGUUCCAAGUCAAUCACCAGAUCGUAAAGUGCACCUAUUAUGGUUUUUCAAAUAUGACCUUUCAUGUAGUGUGUUAUAGAGCUGUUUGUGAAUGUAAAAGGUGUGUAAAGUUUCAAAAAAUCAAAGCGCACAACAGAGUUAUUGACUCCCAAAAGAAGGAACAGAUUCUGAAGAGCUGAAACGAGUCAUUAGUAAUUCCAGACUUAUUUCUUGUACAUAAGUUUGUAUUUCUUCUACAUAAAUUUGUAACAAAACCCACUGGUCUUCAUUGGCUGAGAGCGGUAGACAGCAGACUGGGACAUCUGAGCAAUCAGAGCAGCAUAUGCUCUCUGAAAGAAAGAGUUUAGAAUGAAUCCUUUACAACGGAUCAUUUAACGAGUCGUUUGUGACACUGGGGGCCAAAGAUAAUGCUGCAAUUCAAAUUAUGAGCAUGUUAGUGUUUUUUUUUUUUACCUUAGAUGCAUGUACAUCUAUUGUAUGAGAGCUUUAAAACAAAAUUAGGCAUGUUUCAAAACCAUAAUGUGCGCUUUAACCCAAUUGAGUAUGCAUUUCACUCCCCCCCCCCUCCCCCUUUACACUUUUGCUCACUUAAAAAUUGGAUGGUCUGACAACAAAGGUACCAUGUUCUAAGUUGUUUAACACACCUAGAUGUAAAUACCAAGAAAUGAAAGCUGAAAUUCCGAUCUAUGGUCUCAUGUUCAUCUUUUGAUCUCAAACCCAAAUGUCUUUGGUGUAUAGUGAAACAAUUGACUUGGCCUUGUUGUUCCAAUACUUUUGUAGGGGAACAUGUUAACUCAUUCAAUAAGAAUCUUACCUAUGUUGCAUAAAGUAAUGUUAACUUCCUAAAUUUGACCAUCAGAACCUGCAGCAAUCUACAAACACAAAUAUGGAUUUCCAAUGAAAAUAAAGUACAUAGCUAUGAGGGAUGCAGUUAACUUUUCUGUUACAGAGACGAUGUCGUCCUCUGCUUUUAAAAGGAUUAAAUUCCCUUCUUUGGGAACAAUAUCCGGGGCAAACAAUGUACCUCUGUCUGUUAUUUGAAUGGGACAAAGUUUGUAUUUUGCCGUUUCUUCUUUACGAGACACCAACUCCAUCUACCUAGACAGCCUGCUUUCACAUGGAAGGAGUAGAUACACCUGUUUGAAAUAGCUUACAUUAAUAUAAGGUUGUUGAAUAUCACUGUUUAUCAAUCCUUCUUCAGUAACGGCUUCAUCCUGGUAAGGCUAGCAGUGGAUCCAGAGCCUAUACUGGGAAUACUGGGGAAGGAUGCCAGGUCAUCACAGAGCUCAUCGUAUAUCAAAUAAAUUAUUGGCUUGUGCCAAGUCUGCAUGUAAUUAGUUAUUUCUAAUUCAAACACAUGCAACAUGUCUCAUCCAUCAGCAGCUAAAUAUUUACAGUACUUCUGGUUUUAUAUCCUUAUUGUGAAAUAGCAAACAGAAAGUGUGGUAAAUAUGCAUAUUGUAUUUGUCACAAACUUGUGGCAUUGGUUGUUGCAGGUCUUUGCUAUUGCAGUACCAGAAUUUGCACAAGCCAGAAGGUUCCAGAAAGCUACAUGCAGGAGUGUAGAAUACACAUUUCAUCUAAAUGCAAAAAGACCAAACAAAGUGUGAUCAUACAAGUUAUGAACCAGUGUUUACCUAACCACCACAUGAUAAAGCAGUGAAAUCUGGACAGUAUAGAUGUCUUUCAAGCCGAGUUGCAAUUUCUUGCAAAAUCCCAUUAGCGUUAUAUUUGUUUUCUAGUGAUUUUCUUCAAUAUGUCCACAGUCACACUAUCUCAAUUUCACGUAUUUUUUUUUUUUUAAAUGAUUCAUGUGAUGAAAUAACACGUCAGCAUUUCCAAGACCAAGGUGUUGUGGAUUCCAAUAUUUUGCUGUAUGUAUGGUGAUGAGUCCAUGGACUCCAUAACUGUUUCAGGUUAUGAUUAUUUUAAUUAUUUACAGUCUCUGCAAACAAAAUCCUCAACAGCAUGUCUCGCAUUGAGCACUUUUGAUAAAAGGUUUUUAAUGUUUCAUGCAGUAGUCUGAAAUGUGUCGUAGUUUUGUAGUUAUUCCGAUUCAAAACUGGGUCCUCAUUUUCAUUUUGUCUAAUCCAGUAGAUUUACACAAAAUUAAUUCAUGUGAUCCACAAUGUACAAGUUGUUUCAUUUCAAUAUGUAAAACAGCUCAAUGUUGUGAAUAAACCUUUUAAAAAUUGC